AUGAUUAAGAAAAUAGGGGUAAUAAUAAUCCUUCCACCUGUUUGCCACCCCUCGGCGAAUCCGCUACUGCUGGCAAUCGAGAGCUACCUACUACUGCUCAUAAACGCGUUGGAAGGCCCUCAAAAAGAGCCCGAACGGAUACGUCCUCCCCUACAUACUCCUCCCAAGCCAGCGGUAGUUGAACAAGAGGAGGAUCUACAACAGGCGAAUGCGGAGAACACUGCGGAGAACAUUGCGGAGACAGUCAUCAGCAGCAGUGACACAACAGGCCUACUCUCCACGGUCUCACAUCAAUCCACUCAGCCAGUGCAAGAGAAGUCAAUACAGCAGGCGAAUGCGGAGAACACUGCGGAGAACAUUGCGGAGACAGUCAUCAGCAGCAGUGACACAACAGGCCUACUCUCCACGGUCUCACACCAAUCCACUCAGCCAGUGCAAGAGAAGUCAAUACAGCAGGCGAAUGCGGAGAACACUGCGGAGAACAUUGCGGAGCAGCAGUGA